AUGUCAAGGAUAUGGAGCAACAUCGUACAUUUCUUUUCCGUGCAAGCGCUUGACUCACGAAUAAAACCAGAUCUUGAAUUUGAAAGGCGAAGAAAGUUGUUUAUAAGUUCCUCCAAAAACGAAAAUGGUUCGUCAUCUACUGCCAUUGCUGUAACUCGAAGCCCAGUGAUAAGUUCUAAUAAUCUAUCCUCGCCACUAUGGAACACAUGGGAAUUUAAGCUAUAUUAUUUGGCGUUCACGAUAGCGAUUCCUUUGAUGGUGAAAGCAGCACUGGAUACAAGUUCCGAAUCUAACCAAAACUACUAUAAGUUCAGUGGACUCCUAGCCCAUGGUUGGAUCCUGGGUCGCAAAGUUGAUAAUAGCGAUGCUCAAUAUAGGUUUUUUAGGUGCAAUUUCAUCUUGUUGGCUGCGAUAAUAUUACUACAAACGGUGUUAAAGAAAAUUUUCGUUAAAUUUAGCAAAAGCUCGAGGAUAAAUUUUGAUUUUGCGUGCGGGUUGAUUUUCAUUUGCUUUAUGUACGGUGUCAACUCUAUUAAACUACUGACUCAUGCCCUUAUCUUCUUUACUCUGGUACACUUAUUGAAGAGGAAGCGUAUGAUGGCCGCUUUUACAAUUUGGUCUUAUGGUAUUUUUACAUUAUUCAUUAACCAAAAGGUUAAAAAUGUCCCCUUCAAUAGUAUCGCCACUAUGUUGGAACCUAUGGAUCAUUGGUAUAAGGGUAUUAUUCCUCGUUGGGAUCUUUUUUUCAACUUCACCUUGUUACGGUUGCUAAGUUACUGUAUGGAUUUUUUGGAAAGAUGGCAUGAACAACUGAGUCCACAACCUUCGAUAGAUUAUGAGUGUAGUCGACCGGAAUUCAGAAAAAGUUUAUCCGUUGCCACUUUGCAAACAAUCUAUGAAUCAGGUAAGAAUGAUGUUUUGGAUGAAAAGGGACGAUUGGUGGCAAAACUCCAUAUCCAGGAUUAUAAUUUCAUCAAUUUUAUCGCUUAUAUUACGUAUGCACCAUUAUUUCUGGUAGGCCCAAUCAUCACUUUCAAUGAUUACUUUUAUCAGUCAGAGAAUAAAUUACCUUCAUUAAGGAAGAAGAACAUAACCCUGUAUGCUCUAAGAGUUGUUUCAAGUUUGUUGUUAAUGGAAAUUAUUCUUCACUUCAUCUAUGUGGGUGCAAUAGCAAGGACCAAGGCAUGGGGCGGCGACACACCUCCACAACUGGCUAUGAUCGCAUUAUUCAAUCUGAAUAUUAUAUAUCUAAAGCUCUUGAUCCCUUGGAGGCUCUUUAGAUUAUGGGCCAUGAUCGAUGGUAUUGAUGCGCCCGAAAAUAUGCUGCGAUGUGUGGAUAAUAAUUAUAGUACACUGGGGUUUUGGAGGGCUUGGCACACAAGCUUCAACAAGUGGGUAAUCCGUUACAUCUAUAUCCCAUUUGGCGGGUCAAAUAAUAAAAUACUGACAAGCUUUGUCGUGUUUUCAUUCGUCGCAAUGUGGCACGAUAUUGAACUAAGGCUACUGUUUUGGGGGUGGUUAACUGUUCUUUUAUUACUGGGUGAAACCUUUAUCACCAAAUGUUUCAUUCGAUAUAGGUUUAGGAAUUGGUAUAGAUUCUUUUGCGGCUUCGGUGCCGUAAUAAAUAUUUGCAUGAUGAUGGUUGUCAACCUGUAUGGAUUUUGUUUUGGGGCAGAGGGAACGAAGCUUUUCUUGAAGGACACAUUCAGCACAUCAUCUGGUUUGAAGUUUUUUCUUAUAGGAACAGUAAGCUUAUUUAUCGCUGUUCAGAUAAUGUUUGAAAUUAGAGAGGAAGAAAAAAGGCAUGGUAUCAAGCUGAAGUGUUGA